GAAUUGAAAUCUGCAGUUCAAAAAUUAAAAAUUCAGCACAAAUCACUGCUGCUCUCUCAUUAAUGUCUAAUUGAUUCGAUGAGCGAUCUUUGCGCUCAGAUACUUAUCCGAUGUCACGAUCGUGUUAUCAUCAAUGGAAAAGUACGCGACGUUUAGGUCGGUGAUCAUUCGGUGUGACUGUGCGACUGUCACCGAGACGUCACAUAUGUGACGGCAAAUCGAAACGCAUCAUCCAUUUUCUGAGAUAUAUUUGCCCAAUUUAGCGCUGACUCGUCCCGAAAUGCCUGAGCAGAAUGUUGGCGAUCAGUAUUCCACAUGGGUUGGGCUCGUGUACAUUUUCAAUCUCAUCGUUGGAACGGGCGCUCUGACUCUACCUGCUGUAUUCAGUCGAGCAGGAUGGGCGCUGGGAUUAAGUGUAAUUUUAGUGUUAGCAUUCAUCAGUUUUAUCACCGUUACAUUUGUCAUAGAAACGAUGGCAUCCGCCAAUGCUAUAGUUACAUGGAAACAUAUUCAGCAUCGAAAACGCGUCUUGCAAACAAUAGGUGAAUCUGGUUCUUCCAAUUCUGAUUCAGAAGAUACUCCAUUGGUAGCUCCCACUUCUACUAGCCCAGAUCGUUCAGAUAUGACUUAUAGGUAUUACGUGAUACAUGACAAAAUAGAGAUGGGCCAGAUGGCAUCCAUCUUUUUUAGCAAAUUUGGCACUACUCUGUUCUAUUUAUGUUUUGCUGUAUAUUUGUAUGGAGAUUUAAGUAUUUAUGGCGCAGCAGUUGCAAAGUCAUUAGCGGAUGUUGCCUGUACUUAUCUGCCAAACAAUCUUACGUGCAAUGACACCAUACCAGAUACUGAAUUUUGCUGGGAAGGUUCUGCACUAAAUCGAUUUGAUGCAUACAGAAUAUUUUUGACAAUAUUUGUACUGUCAUUGGGACCGUUUGUAUUUUUUAACGUGCAGAAGACUAAAUAUCUUCAGCUAUUGACUUCACUGAUGCGAUGGCUCGCAUUUAUCAUAAUGAUUGUUUACGCUUUGAAGAAAAUUAUUAUGUACGGCCCUCGAGGUGAUCCACCAGUUGCGAAUAUAGCCGGGAUUCCUAGUCUUUUUGGUGCUUGCGUUUAUUCCUUUAUGUGUCAUCACUCGUUACCUGCUCUGGUUGCACCGAUAGCGAAUAAAUCUAUGAUAAGUCGAUUUCUCGCUCUCGAUUACGCGCUAAUAGCAAUUUUUUAUCUGCUAUUGGCUGUAACAGGUAUUUUUGCUUUUGAGCGUUUGGACGAUCUUUACACUCUGGACUUUGGACCACACGGCUCGGGUGAUUGUUCCAAGAGUGAUAAUAUUUUUAUGGUCUUUAUAGAGUAUUUCUUGGCACUCUUCCCAGUGUUUACUUUGAGUACCAGUUUUCCCAUUAUAGCGAUCACCCUCCGAAAUAAUUUGCAGUCGCUCUUUUUGAACGAAGACGUAUCCUAUAAUCUAUGUCUUCGGAAACUCGUCUUCCCUGUCUUGGCUGUAAUACCACCAUUUCUGGUCGCAAUGUUCACCAAAGAUCUGUCGAUAUUAGUCGGCAUCACAGGUUCGUACGCUGGGGCAGGGAUUCAGUACUUAAUACCCACGUUUCUGGUGUAUUACGCCAGGAAAAAAACCAACAAAAUCAUCGGCCUCGGCGUCAUUAACAAAUUCGCGAGUCCUUUUUCCAGUAGAUAUUGGCUGAUUUUUGUCGUAGUGUGGGCGAUUGCUUGUAUGAUUUUAGUAUCAGUCAAUUUUAUCCAAAUACAUGUACAAUCUUCCUGGUUUAAUCAAUAACAAUGAAAAUCAUUUCUGUCGUAUAAUUAUGUCAUAGAGAAUCAAAAGAGAGGAAGAUAGAGCUUUGCCGUAAGCUGUAUUGUGAAAAAAUGCAGAUGAUGAAUAUUUACGAAAGUUGAUCGCGUAUCUUGAUUGAUACACAUUCGCAAUGUAUCCACAGUAGAAAUAUCAUGUUGCAAAAUUAUCGAAACAACAAUCAAUUGAUAUUGUAUUGCAUUGAGUGGAUGCAGGUGAUUGGAAGUGAUUAGAAAUGGUAGAGAGGAAUUAUUUCAGAGUGAUUGGCACGAUGUAUAAUAUGACUGAUUAUUCGAUCUGUGAGAUUCUUAGCAUAGGGUACUAAUUUAAGACUAUCGUCAUUCGUGGCAGCGUAUGCUCACAUGUAUCUAUGACGAACCGACAAUACUUUGGCACGAGUCGGCAUGUACAAGUUAAAUACCAGAUAAGCGUAACAUAGGGAUGUGUCCACAAAAAAAAAAA